AGCGGCGGCGCGUGCUCGACGACGAUAUGAGCGGCGAGGCGGGGGCCGGCGGCGGCGGUGAAGCGAACGGCGUCCAGCCGAACGUGACCAUCUACAUCAACAACCUCAACGAGAAGACCAAACUCGAAGAGCUUAAGAAGUCCCUCAAGGCUGUUUUCUCUCAGUUUGGCAAAAUUCUCGAUGUGCUUGCUUUUAAGACUUUGAAGCAUAAAGGGCAGGCAUGGGUUGUGUUCGAAGAUGUGGAAUCAGCAACCAAGGCUUUGAAGGGGAUGCAAGAUUUUCCCUUUUAUGACAAACCUAUGAGGAUUCAAUAUGCCAAGACAAAGUCAGACGUUAUAGCAAAAGCUGAUGGCACCUUUGUGCCUCGAGAAAGAAGGAAGAGGAGUGAUGAAAAACCUGAAAAGAAGCAGAAGCGUGAGCAGCAUCAUGAUGUUAACCAGGCUGGCUUAGGCAUGAAUGCCUAUCCUGGUGCUUAUGGGGCUCCUCCGCUCUCUCAGCUACCAUUUGGUGCGGGGCCGAGGGUCAUGAUGCCAGAGAUUAUUGUGCCAAACAGUAUUCUCUUCGUCCAAAAUCUCCCGCACGACACGACCGCCGUGCUGGUGCAGAUGCUCUUCUGCCAGUACCCAGGGUUCAAGGAAGUGAGAAUGAUCGAAGCAAAGCCUGGUAUUGCUUUUGUGGAGUAUGGAGACGAGGGGCAGGCGACCGCAGCCAUGAACGCUCUUCAGGGCUACAAAAUUAAAGAGAACCAAAUGCUUGUCACAUAUGCGAAGAAGUAAUGGGCUGGGCUGUAAUGUUGUAGUUCUGUUUUUUGCAUAAUUGGUAGAUCUUCAUAUGUAAGGUAGACUAUGAAGAUAUUUUCGCUCCAUGGAUAUAAUCAAGUAAAUUAAUUUACUGCUCACCUGUGCUUAUGUGCCCAUGGUUGGAAGCUAUUUUCGUGAUCAUGUAUUCUUGUAGUUACGCUGUGGAUUGUGAUAAUCUUGUUUAUCUAGUUAUAUCUUUUGCCAAUUUCA